UCUGAUGUUGCUGUACUUUGCACGGAGAUACUUCAGUGGUGUGUUCAAUAGCUCAAGAAGGCUAGAUGGGAAAACAGUUGUAAUCACUGGAGCAAAUACUGGCAUUGGAAAAGAAACCGCUGUUGAUUUGGCUGCAAGAGGAGCUCGCGUUAUCAUCGCUUGCAGAGACAAGUACAAAGGAUCACUCGCUUUACAAGACAUACAAGAACGAUCCAAUAGUCAACAAGUCUAUCUCGAGCAUCUCGACUUGGCUUCGUUUAAAUCUAUCCGUGAUUUUGCAGAGAGAAUCAAGAAAAAUGAAACCAAACUACACAUUCUGAUCAAUAAUGCUGGAGUAUACUUGGGAAACGAUUUCUACUUUACAGAAGACGGCUUUGAACUGACCUUUGGCGUAAACCAUCUAGGGCAUUUUCUUCUAACAAGCUUGCUGCUUGAUUUACUGCAAAAAUCAACGCCGAGUCGUAUUGUGAACGUAUCCACAACCAGCAAGMUCAUAGGACGCGAAGACAUCACAAAACAGGCAUUGAARUCAAAACCUGGAAAUUUGGACAAAAUUUUCAAGCAAACGAAAGGAGUACACCCCGAAGUCCCUAUAGAAGACGUUCAGGGUAUCUUCGCGGCAACACAUUCAGAACUUGAAACUAGAAGAGGAUUAGAAAAGCCUUCAGAUCAAGAAAGAACAAAUGAUAAACAGACUUUUCAAGUAACAGUAGAAAUCCACCAGGAUUCAAGAACCUUAAACCCUGAUCGCCUGACGCAAAACCCUACAGAACUUUUUCAACAGCCUGACGAGUCCAGCAGCAAAAAUGAAAAUCACUUGCAAAUUAUUGGUGGCAUCGAAAGAAAAGAUAGUAAAAAAAUGGAAGASAACAUGAURUGUAACGCAACACAAGACCCCCAAUUUGAACCGCAUGCAAGCCCGAUUAUUCAAAAUCGCCCUAAACAAAUCCAGUCAAGGAAAAGAUCUUCCAAGAAGCGUAUAAUCCUGAUUGUAGCGCUUAUAUUUGUUUGCUAUGUUAUAUUAUGCGGUCCGUCGUACAUUGUCAUGAGUUCGUAYGCCCUAAUGGCAAAUUCUGUACCAAAGGAAGCUUUCAGUAUURCAAAUUAUCUAAGUUUGACGAGUUCGUUCAUAAAUCCAUUCUUAUACGCGCUACUCAACGAGGAAUURAGGUCCGACAUAAGAAAAAUCUUUCCUUGCAAGAAGAGUUAA